CCAACUGCCGACAGACCCACGGACCGGCCGACCGUGCAAGCGGCACUCUACAACCGCUCCGCUCGGCUCCGAGACGCAGGGAGCCCUCGCUGCACCAGGGAAGCCUCAUCCACCCACCAUCUUGAAGCCAAGAUGUCGAGCAAACGGGCCAAGGCCAAGACCACCAAAAAGCGGCCUCAGAGGGCCACAUCCAAUGUCUUUGCGAUGUUUGAUCAGUCCCAGAUCCAAGAGUUCAAAGAGGCCUUCAACAUGAUUGACCAGAACCGCGACGGCUUCAUUGACAAGGAGGACUUGCAUGACAUGCUGGCAUCACUUGGGAAGAACCCCACUGAUGAGUACCUGGAGGGCAUGAUGAGCGAGGCCCCGGGGCCCAUCAACUUCACCAUGUUCCUCACCAUGUUUGGGGAGAAGCUGAACGGCACAGACCCCGAGGAUGUGAUCCGCAAUGCUUUCGCCUGCUUCGAUGAGGAGGCCUCAGGUGUCAUCCAUGAGGACCACCUCCGGGAGCUGCUCACCACCAUGGGUGACCGCUUCACAGAUGAAGAAGUGGACGAGAUGUACCGGGAGGCGCCCAUUGAUAAGAAAGGCAACUUCAACUACGUGGAGUUCACCCGUAUCCUCAAACAUGGGGCCAAGGACAAAGACGAUUAGGCCACCCCAGUCCCUGCCAAAGGCCAGGCCCAUGUCCAGUCACCUGCUCCACACACACACUUGUCUGCACCAGUUCCUGCCUAGAACCUCUCAGAGGCUCCUCCCACUGAGGGGUUGGGGGCCAGUCCCCAGCAGAAGAAACCCGCCAAGAGAGCACAGUGCCAGACAAGGGGCACACAGCCAACAUGAGGCAGGUACCCACCAUGCCCCUCCAAGGAAGGCCCACCUCCUAGGGAGCUGAGCCAGACGGCAGCACCAAGGAAUGUCCUCAAAAAAACCCAGGCCUCAGUUGCAGCCUGCCCCUACAGGAAGGGCCUGUGUCCUGGUCUGCAGGGCAGGAGAGCCCUCCAAGCCACUGCCACGAACACCAGCCUCACCAGGACCCCCUCUCAGCCCACAGGACCAGACCCCUUGCCCAACACCUUGUCCAGCAGAAUAAUACACACACCCCCACACACUGGACAUGUGCUCCAGAGAAUGCUGAACUGUGGAUAUUUGCCCCAGGAGCAGCAGAAUCUCUAAUAGAAGGAUGAACACUG